UUCAUAGCAUCUGUCAUCUCCUUUCAUAUUUUCCUCUUUUUGUACCUUUCUUUAAUUGAAUUUUCCUUCAUUCUGCAAAACUUUACUGCCUUCCAUGGCUAUACUGCCCACAAGCUCUUCCUGCUUGGAGUUGACCAUAUCCAUGCCCGGUUCCACUUCUUCUCCAUCUGUUCCUUCAUCUGCAGGGGAAAUAGGGAUUAGUGGGAUGAGAGAUUUGGACAUAAAUCAAGUGCCAUUAGGAGGAGGAGGAGGAGGAAUAGAAGAAGAAUGGACAACAGGAAGCAUGGAAGAUGAAGAGGAGAUGAGCGGCAACAACCAUAAUAGCAAUAACAACAGCAAUAAUGAAGAAGGAGGGCCUCCCCGUAAAAAGCUACGCCUCUCUAAAGAGCAGUCUCGUCUCCUCGAAGAGAGUUUUCGGCAGAACCACACCUUGAACCCUAAACAGAAGGAGGGUUUGGCGGAACAAUUGAAGCUGAAACCGCGACAAGUAGAGGUCUGGUUUCAAAAUCGUAGGGCCAGGAGCAAGUUGAAGCAGACAGAAAUGGAAUGUGAAUACUUAAAGAGGUGGUUCGGGUCAUUAACGGAACAGAAUCGACGACUUCAAAAGGAGGUGGAAGAGCUGAGAGCCAUGAAGGUGGGUCCACCCACUGUUAUCUCUCCCAACACUCGUGAACCCCUCCCAGCCUCCACCCUCACUAUGUGCCCUUGUUGCCAACGCGUCACCACCACCUCAUCCCUUGAUAGUAGGGGCCCUACACGUCCUAGCCCUAGUAGUGCCACUACCAAGGCAUCUAUGCUCCACCCUCGACAGCCUUCUGCAGCUUGUUGACUAGUGACUAGUGAUUCAUCAAGUUUUCUAACUUUAUUAAUUUUGACGUGUAACAAUCAAUCCCUUGAACUAAGCAAAGAUAAGAGAAUUAAUGUUUAUAGCUAGUCUGCAAAAUUAAACAUGCUUUUAAAA